UGCAAAAAAUAAAUCAAUAACCUUCUCUUCUCUCAGCCUUCUUUUUUCUACAUACCAACCAAUCUUCCAAAUAAUCAAUUAUAUACCCAUCUACAACUAUCAAUUCCCACUGCAUUGAUUCUCACCAGCAUUUCAGAAAUAAAUAUCAAACACAUAUACAUCAUCGUCAUUAUCACCAAUAACCAUACACCAACACAUACACAAGAAAAAAGAUGUCAGUAACUCUACACACCAGCCUAGGCAAUAUCAAAAUCGAAGUAUUUUGCGAUAGCGUACCCAAAACUGCAAAGAACUUCCUCGCCCUCUGCGCCUCGCACUACUACGACUCCUCCCCCUUCCACCGUCUAAUCCCCACCUUCAUGAUCCAAACCGGCGCGCCCUCCCCAUCCAACCCGCUUCUCCCCUCUCCUCCCCCCCCAAAAGGCGGCACCUCCAUCUGGGACGCUCCCUUCGCCGACGAAAUCCGACCUUCUCUUCGCCACCACGCUCGCGGUAUCGUCUCUAUGGCCAACAAAGGUCCUGAAACGAACGGCUCGCAAUUCUUCAUCCUCUUUGCCCCCGCGCCGCAUCUCGAUGGUCAGAAUACCGUGUUUGGACAUGUGAUUGGGGAGGAGAGUUUUAGAGUUUUGGGGGAGAUGGAGGGGUUAGAGGUGGAUAGGAAGAAUAGACCCAAGGAGAAGGUGGUGAUUGAGAGCGUGACGGUGCAUGCUAAUCCGUUGGCGGGGUGAGAUUAUAGGAUUUGGUUUGGAUUGGUUUGGAUUUAGGUUUGAGAUAGUAAAUGGAGGUAUGGGAGGAAAGUAUGAUAUGAUAUCAUAUGAGCUGAGCUGGGAAGGAAAAAAAAAGUUAAGAUGGGAAAAUGGAUGGAUAGAUGGAGUAGCGAAACCACUCCAGCAAAUAACGAAGCGAAGUAAUCGGUCUCGAACAACCCGCGGAAAAUAGAUACGUGCAUUUCCUUUCGGUUCGUUGCGUUACACACACAUAUACACAAACGAAUCAUGCACAUCCCAUCACGAAACAAAAACGUGGAAGACUAGCUUGGGAGUCUAGACUAGACCAAACAGAAGGACAAACCAUGUGUCAGAUCAGAUCAGGUCAGGUCAGCGUCACACAGAGAUCUAGUGCUGAUAGAGGCUCCGCCAAGUAACUCGAGAUUUGGGGGCCAGAAGCGACUGAUGCGGUUACAGUAGCAUCUGAUCGCUCGACACCAUGCACUGCACUCUGCGUGUAACAAUGAUUGGGGGCCAAGGAGCUGAAAGAAAAACUACCAGGUAGACAGGAAUGACUGAGAUGGAGAUACCCAAAUAGACUGUUAUAAUUGAGAUGGCGAUAAUGAAUGGUCGAAUCUAGAAUCAAUAAAUUUAUCGAUAUUAAAUGUUCCAGAUACCUUGGUGGGUUGCAUUCUUAUGAAAAUC